AUGAAGCUGUUCUUCCUUUUGGUUGGUGCCGCUUUGAUCUUCUCUGUCCAAUGUGACUAUGCAAGUGGUGGAGGAGAAGGAGGAGGAUCCGGAUAUUCUGCAGGAGGAGGUGGGGAGUCUUCUGCUCCAUCUGCGCCAGCCGAGCCGGCUCCAGCUCCAGCUCCUGAACCAGAACCAGCACCAGAGGCUGCACCACCUCCAGUACCUGAAGCCGCUCCUGCACCAGCUCCAGAUGCUGCUCCAGCUGGACCAUCUGCUGAUGCCGGAGGAUAUGCAGCCGCCGCUCCAGCUGCAGGAGGAGGAUCAUAUCCAGCUAAAAAGAGAAGAGUCGUCCGAGGUUAUGCCGACACUGCUGCUCCACCAGCCCCACCACCUGUUGAAGCCGCUCCAGCUCCAGCGCCAGAGGCUGCUCAACCAGCCGAGCCGGUUCCAGCUCCAGAGGCCGCUCCUGCACCAGAACCUGCUCCAGCACCUGCUUCAGAUGCAGCACCAGCCGCUCUUGCAGCCGAUGCUGGAGGUUAUGCUGCUGCCGCCCCAGCGGCAGGUGGAGGAUCCUAUCCAAGCAAGAUGAUGAUGAGAUUCUCUCGAAUCGCUGCUUAA